GUGACUCGGGUUGACGCAACACCAUGGGUCUGAGCGACGGAGAAUGGCAGCUUGUCCUCAAGGUCUGGGGGAAGGUGGAAACCGACAUCACGGGUCACGGGCAGGAUGUCCUGAUCAGACUCUUCAAGACUCAUCCUGAGACCCUGGAAAAGUUCGACAAGUUCAAACACCUGAAGACAGAGGAUGAGAUGAAGGCCUCAGCCGACCUGAAGAAGCAUGGCGGGGUUGUCCUCACCGCCCUGGGCAGCAUCUUGAAGAAGAAGGGCCAGCAUGAGGCGGAGCUGAAGCCCCUGGCCCAAUCCCAUGCCACCAAGCACAAAAUCUCCAUCAAGUUCCUGGAGUUUAUUUCCGAGGCCAUCAUCCACGUCCUCCAGAGCAAGCAUUCCGCAGAUUUCGGAGCCGACGCCCAGGCUGCCAUGGGGAAAGCCCUGGAGCUGUUCCGGAACGACAUGGCCACCAAGUACAAGGAGUUUGGAUUCCAGGGUUAGGCCAGACCCAAAGCGGAGGCCCCGAUGAUGACCCUUUAUCACCUCCCACCCUGCACACUGGUGGGGUGUCUUAGAGUAGCUCGGAUAGUUUGGCUUUUGGGUGCAUCUUCUCUGACUAGGCAUAGGGAACCGAGGGGAUGGGCGGGGAGGGAAGAUGCUGGCCCAGAUCACCCCAGACACACUUAUUUCACCAUCCACAUUGAUCAUUUCACUUCUCUAUGGACUAUCCUCUGAGAAGCGUUUCAUGAACCAACCAUUCAUCCAUGGAGGGAGCUUUGUUUUCUUAAUGUCCCUUUCCCAACCUCCAAUCUUCAUACCAACUCCUACCUCUCCUCUCCCCUCCUCCUCUUUUGAGGCACUGGACCUUCCUCUUUCGAGAUAGUGGACUGUUCAAUUGCCAUUGAGAUGAGGGGGCAGGAGGUGGGGUGGAUGGGGCAGGGAGAUGGGAGGAGGGCAGCUAUUGCUAGAGGGAUCUCUCUUACUGCCCCGGGACACAGAUUAGUGUGUGCUCUCUGUUAAAACGAGGCUGAUACCCUUGUCUUAAUAAAAGGAACUGCACCCAU